AUUCGAUCAUUCAGUAGACAUAUUUGUCACCAUGCCUUAUCUCAAAGAUCUUUACCGUUACCCCCUUCCAUUUCUGGCAAACAAGGAUUGAACUUUGUCCCUUAUAUAGAGAGAACCACUACGUUCCUG